UUUUUUUGUUUAACUAUUUGUAUUUGCGCUCUAAACUCAAAUUUUGUAUUUGACUAUUUUGUUUAUUUAUUCCGCUAACAUCGGCUUUUUUCUUACAACUUUGAAUAAAUAUUUUGCUGAUGCAAAAAUAAAAACUAAAACCAUAUAAAACAUGGCACAAGAUAGCGAAAUUCAAGAUAUAAAUUGGAGUGAACCUUUCGAUGCAACAAUUGAUUUGCAUAUAAAAACUGAAGAAUCUGAAAAUAUACCCGAUGACUGCAUUAAAUUGCUACUAGAUUCCUUUGGUCAUUCAAAAUUCCGUAAAAUGCAAUGGAAAAUAAUAUCUUCAAUUUUGUAUGAGAAACGCGAUAACUGCGUCAUAAUGGCAACCGGCUAUGGCAAAUCUCUUUGUUUCCAAUUCCCUUCGGUUUAUCGCAAUACAAUUACUUUGGUUGUGUCGCCUUUGAUAUCUUUAAUGCAGGAUCAAGUUACUGCAAUGUGUUUUUACAAUUUGAAAGCUUGUUUCCUUGGAUCAGCCCAAACUAAUCGGGACACUGUUUAUGAAGUAAUUGAUCGACAAUAUAAUAUUGUUUAUGUUACUCCGGAAUAUAUAACUUCUGAGAGUGGUUCUUUUCUUAUUGGAAGAAUUAAAGAUGAUCUCAGUUUAAUUGCAAUUGAUGAGGCACAUUGUAUUAGUAAGUGGGGACAUGACUUUCGUAGUGCCUAUAGGAAUCUCAAUGUUUUGAGGGAAUGGUGUCCAGCGGUGCCUAUUCUUGCAAUGACUGCAACAGCUACUACCAAAGUUCGAGAUGAUAUUAUAAAAAGUUUGGAUUUAAGGAAUCCACAGAUUAUUUCCACCGGCUUCGAUCGUCCCAAUCUAGAAUUCAUAGUUAAACCAAAAACUGAAUGUUGGUCAGACAUUGGAGAACAUAUAAAAAAUGUAAAAAUCGGCUCCAUCAUUGUCUACUGCAUUACGCGACGAAUAACUGAAGAAGUUGCUAGUGUUAUAUCUUCACAUGGUUUUCCCUGUGGUGUCUAUCAUGCUGGCUUACCCCUAAAACAUCGCAAUAAAAUCCACGAUGAAUUCAUCCAUGAUCGCAUUCGUGUUGUAGUUGCGACAAUAGCAUUUGGUAUGGGUAUUAAUAAACCCGAUGUCCGACUUGUCAUUCACUAUGGUGUAUCCAAAGACAUUGAAGGUUAUUACCAAGAAGUUGGCAGAGCUGGUCGUGAUGGAUUGCCAGCUAAAUGUUUGCUCUUCCAUCGACCCAAAGACUGGGCACUUCAUCGAAUGAUUCGUCAAAGAAGUAAACCAGAAACAUCAAUUGAACAAAUGGAAAAACUCAUGAGAGCAAUUCGAGAAUAUAUCGAAAUAAAAGAUUGUCGCAGACGUUUUAUUCUAAAUUAUUUCCAAGAUGAUUGCAAGAAUUUAAUUAAACGUCCAGAUUGUUGUGAUAAUUGUAAGCGUGCCAUUUCUAGUCCUAAAGAAUCAAUAAAUCUUUAUGGCAAAUAUCAAGGCUUAGAUGUGGAUGGGCGUUUAGAUAUAACAGAAGAUAGUAAAUUACUACUUAGACUUUUGCAGGAUAUGAAUUCUCGUUUUGGUCUUAGAAAAGCGAUUCUUGUGCUACGCGGGUCAAAGAGUAAAGACGUACCAGCAGCUUAUAACCACCAUUUUACAUAUGGAAAACUAAAACAUCGCUCUGAUAAGUGGAUUCAAGCUGUCGUCAAUAGUUUAGUCGAAUUAAAUAUAUUGACAAUGGAAGAAGUACACGACGCAAAAUUCUCAUACACUAAAUGUGUGAUAACCAGCAAGGGAAAAGUCUGGUUAAGUGGUAUAUUGGGUCAGGUUCCCAUUAAAUUUAUGCCAAAUGAUGAAUUUAUAAAACUACUAAAUCCAAGAGUUGUAAGUGCUCCAAAAAUUACAUUCCCACUUCUCGAAAAGAAAGAACAAAAUCAACCAUCCACAUCAGCUAAGCCUUCUGUUACACCAGCUCCAUCAAUCAUUUUAGCCAAGAACACGACAUUAUCAUCGCCAUCAAUAAAUUCUGAUAUAUAUCGACCAUUACUGAAAGUUCGAUCGAAGUUAGCCAGUUUAUUUGAUGUUAUGCCUUAUUUGGUUGCAUCAACAAAAGCUCUAGAGCAAUUGGCUAAAAUUCAACCAACAACAAUGGAGGAGUUCAGAAAUAUUCGAUUGGAUGGUUAUUCGGAAGAGAAAACGCAACGUUUUGGACCUGUCUUUUUGAAAGUGAUCAGAGAUCAUCAGGCGAAGUUCAAGAAGACAACUGAUCCGGAAAAAGAUACUGAGAAACUGCAAGAAACACUUGAAAAUACAGAUCCGGGGCAGACUGUUAUAAAGCAGGAACCAGAUGUUGAAGCUUCUAAUGAUAACCCACCAUCUCAGGCUGAAAACGAAGAUCAAUCUUUGGUGUCUACCCAAGAAUCAGUGAAAAUUAUCGAUCCUGAGCCGCAACAAAUAAUAGAAAUCGAAUCUGACAUUGAAAAUGCUAUCUUCGCUGAUUGGGAUUCAGAUGAUUCCGAGUUGACUCAGGUUGGAAAAAAAGUUGAACAACAACUCAACGCCAGCGUUAGUAAACCAUCAUCAAAUGAAAACAUCGAUUUGGAUCUACUAAUUGAUGCUCUCCAAGAAGAUGAAUUAAAAGAAAAGAAAACAACAGAAAAUCUCAAACAACCACGAACUAUUGAUAAAAAAUCAUCCAAUACAUUAGACUAUGAAUCUGAUGAUGAUCUAUUCAACGAGGAUUGGGAUUUAGAAAUCGAUGAAUCUGAUUUAACUAUGAUCUCACAACAAGCUGAGGAUCAAUUCAAAAAUGAUUGCGGACAAGUAACUGCCAGUACAUCGAAUGCAUCUUCUAUUGAUUCGAUGGAACAAAAGCUCAAUGAUGUUACUGUUAAAUUAGAAGUUUCAUGCAGUGAUAUUUAUCAAAAUAAUUUGGUUAAAAAAGAAAGAAAGCCACGUAUUAUAGAGAAGAAGGUAACAAAUGCUUUUGAGUAUGAAGAUGAUUCUGAUUCUGACACUGAGUCAAAACCGAUCACUUCGCCGAAAAAGAGAGCUCUCCCAAGUUGGAUGCAAGUUUCACAAAAAAAGAAGAGGUGAUUUUUUGUUGCAGUUUUUUUGACAAUUUGGCACAAUGAAUAAUUUUUGUUUUAUCGUUUUGUAUUAUUUAAUCAAUUUCAAUAAAAUGUAUAUAUAUUUCUUUUUA